UCUCAUAACGUCUGGACUUCAGAUUACGUAAUGACUUUGGACCAGCUAAGUCAAAUAAUAUCUCUAUGUGAGAGAUGGUUGAACACUUGCAAACAGUUGACUGAAAUAUUUUGGUCAAAUUAUUAUACGAAUCCCUGGAAAGAUCCAGUUUAUCAACCGCAAGAUUUGGUACAGUUUGUAUCAUUGUUAAAAGAGAUUCUGAGCAUCAGAGCUUUUCAUAAACAGUUGGUGAAGUUGUUAACUCCUGCUGAACAAUCUGAGUUAAGAACCGAUGACGCCUUUCAACCUUUCAAAGAUGCUGAUAUUUUGGUGUAUGGUGAAGAUAUUUCUAAUAGCUUGGAAAAGGCUCGAAAACAGUUUGAGCAUCUUAUAGAGCCGCUGAAAGAACUGUGCGAUCAAGUGUGAAAAAACAUUUUCUUCGGUCAAUGCUAAAUACUAGACAGCUUAUCUACGAGUUCUCUCGUUACUCGGAGCUUCUCUCCAGGCCAGUCUUGAAACACGAACUGCUAUCUGAAAGGCAAUACCUGCUAUCGCUCCUCUUCGACUAUAUAAAACAAAUUCAAUCUGAAACCAUCUCUGAGAGCCCGGUGAUCAACACUCGCUAUGAUAUCCCUCAAAUAGUGAAGGAGAUCACACAAGUGAGGCAACUGGAAUCGAGAGCGAAAGAGGUUCAAAAUGUGGCCAAUAAGUUGUUGAGUGAUCUUCAAAGUUAUGAGGAUCUGAUGCCUUUGGCCAAUGAGACUAUGAAGGAUUUGAAACAGCAGCAUAAUGAGCUGUUUGAGACUUGGGCGAGUGAUGUUAUCGAGCAUAUUAAGGCGAAUAGGCUGAGUCUGAAAGAAUCUGAACCCGUAGUUCAAUUUUCUAAAAAAAAGCUUAUGGAAGUCAACUAUUCUCCACGACUAGUCGUGUUGAUUUCUGAAGUGCGGCAGUUGAAAGCUAUGGGCUACCAAAUUCCACCCAUCAUAGAGCAAACUAGUGAUCAUGCGAAGAAAUUCAUGAAACAUGCUAGGACACUAGAACAGAUAGCAAAUUUCACAACGUGAUAGGAGAUCGCAUGAUAUCAUGCCUGAAACCAUUGAUGUUAAACGGAGCUUUGGAACUUUCCAAGCUUGUCCAGGAACAAGAAGUGGUAUCAUGGGGCGAAGAGAAGUCUGUAGAGAAGUAUGUGGAGACACUGAAAACUGCCGUAGAAAAGUUGUCCAAGCAGAAUAACUUGCUGACAAACUAUCAUAAUCAAGUAAUGGAGAAGAUUUUCAGCUUAAGAGAAGUAGAUCUCAUAAAAGAAUAUAGCAAAUGGAAAGACGUAGCAAAACAAAUCCGCAAUAUUUUGAACCAAGUUGAAGGGAAAGGCUUCAAAAACUUACAAAAAUGGAAAAUAUAUCUAGACAAAGAACUUGCCUUGGUUCUUGAAAAGCAGUACAUAAAUUCUUUGGACAGUUUGCAUUUGUAUUUGCCGGAAAUCUACGUUGAUUUGACAUACAGGAAUUUGAACUUGGAGUAUUCACCC